AUGAAUAAAGUACCAGAUCAGAUACGAGAGCCACUCGUUAAUGCGAUGAUUGCUGUGUCGAUAAGCUCAAAGCAGGUUGCUAAUCCAAAGCCAAUGUCAAAAGACGUUUUGCCGAUGCUCCACGCACUCACAAAUGAAAUGAUCAAGGAGAUGCUAACGCGGGCUGCUACCUUGGCGAGUAAUUCAGGACGAGAUCACGUAACCAGCGAAGAGUUUCAACGGAUUCUCCCUCAAAUAUUACUCGACUUUGCGGCA